UACAUAACACACUUGAAACAGUCAGAUUCACGUCGUGCUGGCGAUGUCAGAUGCUUCAGCCUCUUCUCCUCGAGCACAUGCGCUAAUACGGAUGCAGCAAGAGAUGUAUUGGGAAUAAUCUGGCUUCUUUCGCAGACGGACGGGGGACACAGAGCUGCGCAUCCUCUCACUCCAGCAUCACAGGAGUUCAGCCCGCAUCACAAGGUGAGACAGAAACCUUUGGAAAUAUUACAUUUUUGUGACACUACCCAGCAGUUGAAGGUUAUCAAACAGUUUUACUUCAGAAGAAUGGGACCCUUUCAGGCUUUUGAGGUUAAAUCAUCAGAAAAGAGAAGAAUGCGCAGCCGCAUCCCCCGUCCUGUCCUCCACAUCUCGCAUCCUAAAAGAAAGGAAUCAACUGUCUCCACCGUGCCACUGUCAGAAGAAGAGAGCAAGGAUUUUGACAUAAGCUCCCAGCUCUCAAAAAGAACCAUCAGUCCCAACAGCCUGUCCUCAGAUGAUACUGGAUGUCCAAGCAGCCAGUGUGCAUCGCCAGUCAAGACCCCAUCAGGCUCAGACAACAGCCUGUUGAGCUCACCUUCUCUGGGAGAGCGCAAGAUCAAAGUGAAGAGAGUCAGGAUGAAUAUUGCGGCCCAAUGGAGUGCACCUACACAGAAGCAUAAGAGGGAAGAGAAACAAUGUUCCAUAAUGCAUAAAGGCAGCGAGACCGAUUUCAGCUCAUCCAGUAGUGCAGGAAGCUAUAAGACGCAUGGAAUUCUGCCCAAUUCCACAGGGAAGACUUCAUCUUCUCGUAGCCGUGGGCCUCACAUCAGGAGCCUGCCUUUGUUUAAACCUGCAGGAAGCCCCUCUGCCACUCGCGAUGCAGAGCUUUACGCUCCUUACAGGACGCCCCCCAAAGCCCCCUCUUGCGCCAACAGUAGUAGCAACUCCAGCUCCACAAGGAGAAGAACCACUCCUGUGCGCUACCAUUCAUGCGGAGACAAUCAUGGCAUCAAGCCGCCCAACCCGGAGCAGUACCUUACCCCACUUCAGCAGAAAGAGGUUGCCAUACGACACCUCAAGUCCAAGCUCAGAGACUCUGAGAACAACGUUUGUGACCGGGAGGCCGUGAUCGACGAGCUGAAGACCCAGCUGGGACGAAUGCGAGAAGACUGGAUCGAAGAGGAAUGUCACCGUGUGGAGGCCCAGCUUGCUCUCAAAGAAGCACGCAAAGAGAUCAAGCAGCUACGCCAGGUGGUGGAAACCAUGAAGAACAGCUUGAUGGAGAAGGACAAAGGCAUUCAAAAGUACUUCGUUGAUAUAAACAUCCAAAACAGGAAGCUGGAGUCUUUGCUCCACAGCAUGGAGAUGGCGCAGAACGGCUGCAACUUGCAAGACGAGCCGACUCUAGACUUCAUCUGCGAGUCUCCGGAGAGAUCCGUCACGAGGAAACUGGAAUUGGAGCUGCAGGUUGAAGAACAAGCAGUGGAGGAGAUGGCUGACAGUGAGCUGCUGAUAAACGAUGAAAUGGCCAACAGUGCAGAAAUUCUGGAGCAGGUUCUCAUGUCCACUGCUGUCGAUUCUAGUCACGAUGGUGGCACCAAGAUCAUUCCCCAACCAGGACUGUCAACCCUAGAGAACAGCAUCUCAGAAAAAAAUACAGAGGAGCAUAUCUCUAGAGAGGAUAAAGGUGUCCAGACAGAUGAGAUGAUCUACACACAUGAUCUCCAAGCCCUUCUUCUCCAACUGCUGAAGCUCCAGGGAGGUGGACUUUCUGAUCUCUUCAUACCUUCCCCCCAACCAUCCCAGAAAUUGGCUUCAGCACAGAUUCCAAAAAAUGAAGACUUAUCCGAAGCACAGAAUCCAUCAAAGGAGUUGUCUGAAGCACAACAUGAAAUUCAAGAACUCAAAGAAACUGACCCAAAAAUGAUCCAUACCCAUGAAAAUCCCAGUGAUUCUGGUCUGUGUUUUUCCGAGCCUGAAAUGAAUCACCACUUCAUGGAGGAGUUGGAUUUUGACCUGAAAGAUUCCAAAAACACCAGUGGCAUGGCAGUGGUUGGAAAAAAACACUGGAGCAACAACUUCCUGCUUGAUCUGGUUGCCGUGGCAGCACCUGUGCUUCCCACCGUAGCGUGGCUGUAUUCGCAGCAUGGUUUGGUUGGAGGGGCUCCUGUGUACAACAUCGCAGCUUUGAUUCGGGGAUGUUGCAUUAUGGGAUUGCACUCGCUCCGCCAUUCGCACGGGCCAGACACUUAGUCACAUAUAAAGCUUGUCUGUCAACAAGAGCACUUAAACUAAAUCUCAACGUAGAGCUUGUGUUUUGUACACCUGUUAAAAUAGGCAUACACAUUGUUUACUUUUAGUUGUGGCAUUCUUACAUUGCACCGUGUAUUAAUGCCUUGAGUUAAGCACAUGAAUUUCGGGAAUCUAAAGGGAUUUGUGUUUUAUUGUUUAUUUAUUUAUUUAUUUAUUUACCUUAUAUUUUGUGUGUGUAUAUGUUCAUAUUUUUCAUAAUGUAAUCAUCUGGGUAGGUGGUUAUGUUGCUAAAGUCUUGUUCUUUGCUGACUGUGCUAUUCCCUGCUUUUAAUACAGUAAAAAUAGGGGUCAGUUAGCCAUUGUUUUGUUGUAGUUAAAAUGGCACUUGUGUUCCAAAAGAACUAAAUCCUUCUGCCAAAGCUUAAAUGGAGAUUUUCACAUGUUGCUCUGUUUACUAACACUUUCCUGAAAGCAACCGCUACCACAGUAAUGCGAACACUUGUUACGUGCCUGAGCUAUGUGCAAUAUUUUUGUUUAUAUGAGAUGUAUGAAUAUAUUUAUUAUUAAAGCAUGGAAAACCCCUUUAA